AUGGCGGCCAUGACAGGGAACUCUGGCUUGGUGGAUUCGUACGAUACUGAAAUCAGGGUGGCUGAGGACUUGGAUGUGAUGGUUAAUGUAGGAGUGCCGUGUUCCUCAUCAGCCACUCCCACAGUGAAGGCUGAGCCACUCAAUCGAAGAGCAAAGCCUAAUGUAUGUGGAUCUCGACUGCAAUCGUACUGUUGUCCCGGUUGGAAGACUCUGCCUGGGGGGAACCAGUGUAUCGUGCCAAUUUGCCGAGACAGCUGUGGUGAUGGUUCCUGCUACAGGCCCAACAUGUGCAUCUGCCCUAGUGGCCAGAUAGCUACAACCUGCGCCACCAAAUCAUCCCAACCAUGUAACGUCAGGUGUAUGAAUGGAGGAGUGUGUGAAGUUGACCAUUGCCAGUGUCCAAAGGGAUACACAGGAACCUACUGUGGACAAGCGGUCUGUGAGAGGAUCUGUCAGAAUGGUGGACGCUGCAUUGGACCAAACCGUUGCGUGUGUGUGUACGGCUUCACUGGACCGCAGUGUGAGAGAGAUUACCGAACAGGCCCAUGCUUCAUCCAGGUGCUCAACAGGAAGUGUGCAGGUCAGAGCAGCGGAUUUGUGUGUAGUAAGUCUCUGUGCUGUGGCACGGUGGGUCAGGCGUGGGGAAACCUGUGUGAACUGUGCCCUGUUCUCAGCUCGCCCUGCAGCAGAGGAUUCACCCCAAACACCCGCACGGGAGUCUGCCAAGAUGUUGACGAAUGUAAGCUUGUGCCUGAUGUGUGUAAAGGAGGAAAGUGCAUCAACACAGUGGGCUCAUAUGAAUGCAGAUGUGCGAUGGGUUACCAGCAGCACAUCAGUUCACUGAAGUGUGAGGAUGUGGAUGAAUGCUCCUCUGCUCAGCGUGUGUGUGACGGAGGACUCUGCAUGAAUUCAGCAGGCAGUUUCUCUUGUGUGUGUGUCGGUGGAUACAUGCUGUCUGCAGACGGGACACGCUGCCUCAAGCAGCACAUAGGUGUGUGUUUUGCAUCCGUUGUGAAUGGACGCUGUGUUCGGGAGAUCAGUGGACACUUCAGUAAAAUUCAGUGCUGCUGUGAACGUGGACUCUGCUGGAGUCAACAUACAGCUCAUGAAAUGUGUCCUGUACCAGGAUCAGAUGAAUACUUCAGGAUUUGUCUGGUGGGCGCUGCCUUGAGUGGCUAUAGUGAUGAGGAUCCUGAUAAAAUCCCUCAUCAUACCAGCAGCUUCAGUCCUACUCAUAUUGACCAGAUACUGAACCCAUUUGCUAAUAAUGGGCAUAUAUUACCUCAGUUUCCCCAAAAUCCCCAAAUCCCUCAGAUUCCUCAGAUCUCAGUGAAUGGUAAUGGUUUUAGACCACAACGACCUGUCGUUAGUGUGAAUGAGACUGUAAACAGGUGUCGUCUGUUUCCUAACCUGUGUGUGAACGGACGCUGUGUACCUGUGGGGUCUGACUACCGCUGUAACUGUAACACUGGAUACAGAGAGAGCAACAGAGCAGAAUGCUCAGAUGUGGAUGAGUGUGUAUCUGACCCCUGCCCUAAUGGAAACUGUAUCAACACUCCUGGUUCCUACCACUGCAGCUGUCACACAGGCUUUCUCAGGAUUCCAGGCAAACAGACCUGCAUUGAUAUUGACGAGUGUCUUCAGAAUGGCAUGCUGUGUAAGAACGGCCGCUGUCUCAACACAGAGGGCAGUUUUCAAUGCAUCUGUAAUGCAGGAUUCAAGCUCACACCUGAUGGGAGAAACUGUGUGGAUCAUGAUGAGUGUGCCACCACAAACAUGUGUCUGAAUGGCAUGUGCAUCAAUGAAGAUGGCAGCUUUAAAUGUGUGUGUAAACCUGGAUUCACCCUUAACUCCAGUGGACACUACUGUACAGAUGUGGAUGAGUGCCGGACUCCAGGUGUGUGUAUGAAUGGACGCUGUGUGAACACUCAGGGCUCUUUCAGGUGUGAAUGUUUCGCAGGUCUUACUGUUGGAAUAGAUGGACACACAUGUGUAGACACACACAUGCACAGCACCUGUUAUGGGGCUGUAAAGAGAAGCUUGUGUUUACGGCCGUUCCAACAUGCCGUUACCAAAUCACAGUGCUGCUGUGCCAACCCUGACUAUGCCUUUGGUGAGCUGUGCCACCCUUGCCCUGCAAAAAACUCAGUUGAGUUUCAGGCUUUGUGUCCGAGUGGAGUUGGAUUCUCCGCUGAUGGAAAAGACAUUAAUGAGUGCACACAGGAGGCUGAUAUCUGUCUUAAUGGAGUGUGUGAGAAUCUUAGAGGGAGUUACCGAUGCAUCUGUCACGCUGGAUAUAAAAAUGUGAAGAACGGCAGGAACUGUGUGGAUAUUGAUGAAUGUGCAGUGAACAGUAUUCUCUGUGAUAACGGACUGUGCCGGAAUGUUCCAGGCAGCUACAGUUGCACCUGUCCUGCUGGAUUCAACUUCAGGCAUGAUACAGAGACCUGUGAGGAUGUGAAUGAGUGUGCGAGUGCUCCGUGUAUUAAUGGAGUGUGCAAGAACAGCGGAGGCUCUUUCUCCUGCGAGUGCUCACUAGGAAGUAAACUGGACUCCACUGGACUUAUAUGUGUUGAUAGUUUGAAGGGCUCAUGUUGGUUAACACUUCGGAGCGGCCGCUGUGAAGUCAAUAUAAAUGGCAGUACGCUCAGGUCACAGUGUUGUGCAACGCUUGGAGCGGGCUGGGGCAGUCCAUGUGAACCAUGUCAAACCGAUCCUGUAUGUGAACGAGGAUUUGCUCAAUCAAGAGGUGUUUCAUGUGAAGAUGUGAAUGAGUGUGAGGUGUUUCCUGGUGUGUGUUAUAAUGGAGACUGUGUGAACACUAGAGGGUCUUUUAAAUGUCAGUGUCCGGAGGGUCUUACAUUGGAUGUUACAGGACGUCUCUGUGUGGACGUACGUUCGGAGCCCUGUUACCUGACGUACGAUGAAGACGUGUGCACACAGCCGGAGUCUGGACGGUUUCGUAUGGAUGCAUGUUGCUGUACAGUGGGUGUGGCCUGGGGCAAAGAGUGUGGGUUAUGCCCAGAGCCUGGCAUGCGCCAGUAUGAUGCUCUGUGCCCGAGAGGACCAGGCUUCACCAACAAAGGAGACAUGCUCACCGGCAAACCUGUCUACAAAGAUAUCAAUGAGUGUAAAGUGUUCCCAAGCAUUUGCACUCAUGGAAAAUGCCGGAACACCAUUGGAAGCUUCAGAUGUCGCUGUGACAGUGGCUUUGCGUUGGAUUUAAAUGAGCUGAACUGCACAGAUAUUGAUGAGUGUAUGAUCUCUCUGGAUGUGUGUGCUCAUGGCACAUGUGUGAACACACUGGGCAGUUUUCAUUGUGACUGUUUUUCCGGCUAUGAGAGUGGACAUAUGAUGAUGAAGGACUGCAUGGAUAUUGACGAGUGUGAGUUAAAUCCCUCACUGUGCCAUGGAGGAACCUGUGAAAACUCUGAUGGCAGCUAUAAGUGUAUGUGUCCACCUGGUCAUCAACUGUCCAUAGACAGCAGUGCCUGUGAAGAUGUGAAUGAGUGUGAGCUGAGUGCCACAUUGUGUCGUAAUGGCUGGUGUGUGAAUGUGGUGGGGACCUACCAGUGCUCCUGUAACUCUGGUUACCAAACUACACCUGAUAGAAAAGGGUGCACAGAUAUAGAUGAGUGCACUAUAGAGAAUGGAGGAUGUGAAGUUUUCUGUAGUAAUUCAGAGGGCAGUUACUCCUGCAGCUGUGGUAAGGGUUACACAUUGAUGCUGGACCAGCGGACAUGUGCAGAUGUGAAUGAAUGUGAGGAGUAUGUUGACGUCUGUGACGGUGGUCAGUGCACUAACGUCCCAGGAGAAUAUCACUGUCUGUGUUAUGAAGGAUUCAUGGUUUCUGUGGACAUGAGGGCAUGCAUCGAUUUGAAUGAGUGUGAACUCAACGCUAACAUCUGUAUGUUUGGAGAAUGUGAGAACAUCAAGGGUUCCUUUAUCUGUCACUGUGAGACGGGUUACUUGGUGAAGAAAGGAACCUCUGGCUGCACUGAUGUUGAUGAGUGUGAUAUUAACGCUCAUAACUGUGACAUACACGCCGCCUGUAUCAACACACCUGGAUAUUACCACUGCUCCUGUAAAGACGGAUGGGCUGGUGAUGGAGUCAAAUGUGCCGAUGUGGAUGAGUGCAGUAAUGGGACUCAGGUGUGCAGCUCUGAUGCUCAGUGUGUGAAUACAGCAGGCUCUUACAACUGCAUCUGCUUCGACGGGUUCACUGGAGAUGGAUUCACCUGCUCAGAUAUGGAUGAGUGUGCAGAUGAUGUAGAUCUGUGUGAAAAUGGCCAGUGUCUGAAUGUUCCUGGAGAAUAUCGCUGUGAAUGUGAGAUCGGCUUUACACACACUGCAAACAGCAAAACCUGUCAAGAUAUAGAUGAGUGCUCAUUCCAGAACAUCUGUGUGUACGGCACAUGUCAGAAUAUCCCAGGAAUGUUCCGGUGUAUCUGUGAUGACGGAUAUGAACUGGACAAGACUGGAGGCAACUGCACAGAUGUGGACGAGUGUCUUGAUCCCAUCAACUGUGUUAAUGGUCACUGUGAGAACACGGCCGGCUCUUAUCAGUGUAACUGUCCCAUUGACUUUGAACUCAACCCCACUGGGAUCGUCUGUGUUGACACACGAGCAGGAAACUGUUUUUUUGAGGUGGCGUAUCUUGGCUAUGGCAGGCUGACGUGUAGUGUUGAGGCGGGAUUUGGAGUUAGUCGUUCAUCCUGCUGUUGUUCUCUGGGACGAGCGUGGGGUAAACCUUGUGACCUCUGCCCUCGUGUCAACACCUCGGAGUAUAAUACACUAUGUCCUGGAGGAGAGGGGUUCAAACCCAACCCCAUCACCAUACUCCUAGAAGAUAUUAAUGAAUGUCAGGAGCUGCCGGGUCUCUGUCAGGGUGGAAACUGUAUCAAUACGUUUGGAAGUUUCCAGUGUGACUGUCCCACUGGAUAUCAGCUCAACAUCGACAACCGUAUCUGUGAGGAUAUCGAUGAGUGUGUUGUCAGUUUCGGGGUUUGUGGUCCAGGCACCUGCUACAACACACUGGGCAACUACACGUGCGUGUGCCCGCAGGAAUACAUGCAAGUAAACGGAGGAAACGGCUGCAUGGAUAUGAGGAAAAGUCUGUGUUACCGUAGUUACUCGUCCACCUGUGAACACCAGUUGACCUUUAACACCACACAGAGAUUGUGCUGCUGUGCCUACAAUAUGGGCAAAGCCUGGAAUAAACCCUGCCAGGCCUGCCCAACCACUGGCACAGGUGGCUAUCAAAGUCUCUGUGGCAGUGUGACUGGAUUUAAGAUUGAUAUUGAAACAGGAAAACCGAAAGAUAUUGAUGAAUGUCAUGAAAUCCCAGGCAUCUGUGCUCUUGGUGUGUGUAUCAACCGUAUUGGCAGUUUCCAUUGCGAGUGUCCAACCGGGUUCAGUUAUAAUGACCUGCUGCUCAUCUGUGAAGACAUUGAUGAGUGCAGCAGUGGUGAACGUGUGUGUCAGAGAUAUGCUGACUGCAUCAACCGUCCAGGCGGCUAUCAGUGUGAAUGUUCUGAUGGUUACAUACUCUCACCUAAUGGAGACUGCACUGACCGUAACGAGUGUGUGGAGAUGCCAAAUGUGUGUCAUCAUGGAGAUUGUGUGGACAUACCAGGAGGAUAUGAGUGUGUGUGUCAGAGCGGCUUUACAGCAACACUAAACCGCAGAAUGUGCAUGGAUGUUGACGAGUGCUCACAUCAACCGUGUGGGAACGGCACAUGUAAAAACUCUGUGGGCUCUUAUAACUGUAUCUGUCAUCCUGGAUUUGAGCUCGCCCAUAAUAACUACUGUACAGAUAUUGACGAGUGUUCAGUGUUUUACACUCAGCUCUGCAGGAACGGCCAGUGUGUUAAUAAUAUGGGAUCCUUUCAGUGCCUGUGUAAAGAGGGUUUUGAACUCACUCUGGACGGCAAGAACUGUAUAGAUAUUAAUGAGUGUAGAAUGAUCCCUGGGACAUGUGCUCCUGGAAAAUGUGUGAAUCUGGAUGGAUCUUUCAGAUGCGUGUGUCCUAAAGGUUAUAUUGUCCACAAUGAGCACUGUGUAGAUGUGAAUGAGUGUUUAGAGGACUCUGGCAUCUGUCUGUAUGGCUCCUGCUUCAACAGUCUGGGCAGCUUUGAGUGUGUGUGUAAACCUGGAUUUGUGCUGUCAGAAGAUAAACGCCGCUGUUAUGACACUAGAGAGAGCUUCUGUUUUACACUCUUUGAAAAUGGCAAGUGCUCCGUACCACAGGCAUUCAACACUAGCAAGGCCAAGUGCUGCUGUAGUAUAAUGGCUAAGGAGGGCUGGGGCGACCCCUGUGAGCUGUGUCCUAAAGAACACAAUGCUGGAUUUCUGGAACUAUGUCCUUUUGGUCAUGGGAUUGUUUCAGGUGUUGGGGACACACGCAUCGACUUAAACGAGUGUGUGGAGAACCCAGAGAUAUGUGUGAAUGGUCGCUGCAUCAACACUGAUGGCUCCUUCCGCUGCGAAUGUCCCACGGGAUACACACUGGACUUCACAGAAACAAACUGUGAUGAUAUUGACGAGUGUUCUGUUGGAAACCCGUGUGGAAAUGGCACAUGCUCAAAUGUGAUUGGGGGAUUUGAGUGUCUCUGUGAAGAGGGAUUUGAGCCUGGACCAAUGAUGAGCUGUGAAGAUGUGAAUGAGUGUGGUCAGAAUCCUCUACUCUGUGCAUUUCGCUGCAUUAAUACUUUCGGAGCAUAUGAAUGUAGCUGCCCACCCGGUUACACACUGCGAGAGGACAGACGUAUGUGUCAGGAUGUGGACGAGUGUGCAGCAGAUCUUCAUAACUGUGACUCCAGAGGAAUGGAGUGUAAGAACUUAAUCGGCACCUUCAUGUGUGUGUGUCCAGCCGGGAUGAUUCACAGGAUGAAUGAGGAGGCGUGUCAAGAUGAAAAUGAAUGCCUAACUCAAACUGGUAUUUGUGAGAACGGCCGAUGUGUGAAUACUGUUGGCAGCUACAGGUGUGAGUGCGCCAUUGGGUUUAAACUCGACUCUACGGCCACACAGUGCCUCGAUUACAGGAAAGGGUUCUGCUUUACUGAUGUUCUGUACACCAUGUGUCAGAUGUCAUCCAGCAGUCGUGCUGCUGUCAGCAGAUCUCAGUGCUGUUGUCAUGGAGGUCGGGGGUGGGGUAACCAGUGUGAGCUAUGCCCUCUGCCUGCCUCUGCCAACUACAAGAAACUGUGCCCAUACGGGCUGGGAUAUGCAACUGAUGGAACAGAUAUAGAUGAGUGCAAGGUGAUUCCAGGUGUUUGUGUGAAUGGUGCAUGUAUCAAUACCAUGGGCUCUUACAGAUGUCACUGUGAAACAGGAUACACAACCUCUGCUGCAGGAACUGCAUGUGUUGAUGUAGAUGAGUGUGGUAUGUCCCCCAAACCCUGUAACUUCAUGUGUAAGAACACAGAUGGCAGCUACAUGUGCUCCUGUCCGCGGGGUUACACGCUACAGGAGGACAGCAGGACAUGCAAAGACGUGGAUGAGUGUCAGAGUAGACAACACAACUGUCAUUUUUCAUGUGUGAACACCAUUGGUGGAUUUAACUGCAAAUGCCCUGCAGGCUUCAGCCAGCACCACACUUCCUGUAGAGAUAUCAAUGAGUGUGUGUCAGAUUUGAGUGUGUGUGGCUUGCGGGGCAUCUGUCACAAUUCAGUAGGCAGCUUCAGCUGUGAGUGUGCACAGGGCUUCAGUCUGGACUCGACUGGACUCAACUGUGAUGAUAUAGAUGAGUGUGCAAGUGAUGAGAGGUGUCAGUUUGGUUGUCAGAAUGCUGCAGGUGGGUUUCGCUGCAGCUGUCCACAAGGCUACACACAACACCAGCAAUGGAACCAAUGUGUGGAUGAAAAUGAGUGUUUGAACCCAGACCAAUGUGGCUCUGCGUCCUGUUUCAACACUCUGGGCAGUUUUAAGUGUGGCUGUCCUUCUGGAUUCACCUUCGACCCCAUGUCCAUGAGCUGUGCAGAUGUGGACGAGUGUGUGUCGUUUGAGAAGCCCUGCAGAUACGGCUGCUCGAACACACAGGGCGGAUUCAUGUGCGGCUGCCCCGCGGGCUAUAACAGAGCAGGACAUGGACAUUGUGUAUCUGCUGCUGGUUUUGGACAGAUCGGGUUUGAAUCUACAGCUAGAAUCAGACCAGAUGAAGACAACAGUCUUUCAAAAACUCACCAGAAGAAAACUGUGGGGAGAAGACACACUUCAAACUUUACACUGCCACAACAGUUCAUGCAGGAAGUUCAUCUCUCCAGUAUGGAUGUGAAUCAGCCAUUUAAAUUACAGCUGAACAACUCUGAAGUGAUUCCAAGUGCGCCCAUCCUUAAGCUGCUGCCUGCCUUCAGAGCGCUCACACAACAUGUCAUGUACACCAUCACCGCCGGCAACCACGAUGGAUUCUUCCAGAUCAGACAGCGUGCAGGUGUCAGUUACCUGCACAGCACACGCAGGAAGUCUCCUGUCAGACACUAUAGACUGAAGAUCAGCAGUUCAUCGCUCUAUAACACGAGUGACAGAGAUGGUCAAACUCUACACCUGACCCUGCACAUUACACUGCAGUAGAGCGUCACUACAGCCUCUUAAACUUUGAAGUAAAUGUGUCAGGUUCAGAAGCUGUGCUGAGCUUUAUACAGUAUUUAGACACUUUUGAACACUUUAGUCACUCUUAGCAAAUGCAGCUGGAUCUUUUCUCAGAACUGUCUGUUUUCUGAGUGAUUUUUGCUCAAUGACAUUGAAUGAACUGCUGUUGUGGUGAUUUUUAGUGGAUGUAUGAAGUCUGUAAAUUCACACAGGUGGAGUUCAGCACAUUCUCUGUCAACACACUGACAAACACAAAGUAGCACAAGACUGCAUACAAUUUUUCAAUCAUUUUGCUUGUUGCUAUAAUUCUAUUAAAUAAAUGCCUGUUGGCUUGAUAUUUUGUUAUUUAAUGGAAAGAUAUUAUUAAGCGUUGCAUUUGAUUCAAAUACUUAGGGAGUCAUUCUAUAGGGAUGAUCACAUUGAUUUUAGUUUGUACAGGCUUACACACACACACAUACACACAC